CUAGCGGAGUACCCCAAUCUUAAAUGGGUGGGGUCUAUAUCCUGCCCCCUAAUUGAGUUUUCCAAAUAAAAAGAUGCGGAGAUCCAUCUCCAUCCUGCUGGUGCCUAAUAGUCAAAAUACUUGAUCACUCUAUGCUCCCUUUCUCGCUACUCACCCACCACCUGUUCGACGAAUCUCCUCAAAGAAAAACUAGAAGAGACAUAUAGAGGGAGAGAGCGUGUGUGUGGGAGGGAGAGAGAGAAGGAGGAUGAAGGGUUUGGGGUGGUGGCUGAUGCUUGUGGGCUCCCUCCGCCUCGCCUCCGUCUGGUUCGGCUUCUUCGACAUCUGGGCCCUCCGCCUCGCCGUCUUCUCCCAGACCCAAAUGACUGAUGUUCAUGGGCGGACUUUUGGAGUUUGGACACUUCUGACCUGCACUCUCUGUUUUCUCUGUGCGUUUAACCUCGAAAAUAAGCCUCUCUAUCUAGCAACCUUCCUCUCAUUCAUCUAUGCCUUUGGGCAUUUUAUUACCGAGUAUCUGAUAUACGGUACGAUGACUGCAUCAAACCUAACGACUGUUGGCAUCUUUGCAGGUACAUCGAUCGUGUGGAUGUUGUUGCAAUGGAAUGCUCAUCGACCUCAGUAUGCUGCUAAGAAGGAAUGAUACAUUUCGACGCGAUGCACCUGCAUCAGAGUAUGAAGUACGUUUCUCGUGCUGGAAUUUGUUUGCCGAGUGAUUCUUGCUGAACUUGUUGAUGUAUGCCGUCGUGAUUGCGUUCUGCUGUAAUUUUUGAUUUGAUGAUCACCAGACUGCUUUGUAAUAUGUACUUCUUAUCCAGCUACACUUUAGAUGUCAAACUAUUGAGUGCUUUGGAAUAUCAGUGCGUCGAUAACUUUUGUCAUUUC